UCACACACACACACACGCGCACACAAACACACAACAUACACAUACACACACAUACAACGCAACACGAACAUGGCGAAGAGCCAAAAAAAGAACACCUCCCACCGCCGCGAGAGCACCUCCGCGAACACCAACAACGCAAACAACGCCAACAACAACGGAGUCAAGGCGAAGAGGACGAGAAAGAGCGUCCCGAGGGACUCUCCUCUGCAACGUAGCUCCGUGUAUAGGGGAGUGACGAGGCACCGGUGGACGGGCCGAUACGAGGCUCAUUUGUGGGACAAGAAUUGCUGGAAUGAGUCCCAGAACAAGAAGGGUAAACAAGUUUAUCUUGGGGCUUAUGAUGAUGAGGAAGCAGCAGCAAGAGCUUAUGACCUGGCUGCAUUAAAAUACUGGGGCCAUGACACCAUCCUCAACUUCCCGGUAUCAAAUUACGAAGAAGAGCUAAAAGACAUGGAAGGGUUAUCCAAGGAAGAGUACAUUGGAUCCUUAAGAAGGAAAAGUAGUGGGUUUUCAAGGGGAGUCUCAAAGUAUAGAGGAGUUGCAAGGCAUCACCAUAAUGGAAGAUGGGAAGCGCGGAUUGGCCGAGUUUUCGGCAACAAAUAUCUUUAUCUUGGAACUUAUGCAACACAAGAAGAGGCCGCGACAGCAUACGACAUGGCGGCGAUCGAGUAUCGGGGCCUGAAUGCCGUCACAAACUUUGACCUCAGCCGCUACAUCAAAUGGCUCCGCCCCGCCACCGACGCAAGCCCUAACCCUAACCCUAGCCCUAGCCCUAGCCCUAGCCCCGACUCUACCAUCCCUUUCCCCUCUUCCAUUCUCGACCUAACACACGACGCCUCCGCCCUCGACGAAUGCAGCUUCCUCCAGCAGCAGCAAGCAAUGGAUCAAGAGAUCUCUCAACUCAACGAUCCACAUCCCGCGCCCUCUGCCACAGCCUCAUCUGCGCUCGGACUACUACUCCAAUCAACCAAGUUUAAAGAGAUGUUGGAGAGGACGUCAGCGGGGGGAGGCGGUGAGGAGACGUCACCGUCGACAGAGAUGUUGCCACCGGAGUUCGAGAGGAGACCAUCGAGCUGCAGCUUUCCCGAGGACAUACAAACAUUCUUCGAGGGCCAAAACAGCGAGAACUACAUCGACGACAACGACGCUAUCUUUCGCGACCUCGACGCCUUUUCGUCGUCGAUUUUCGAAUGCGCGCUCGACUCGUGAGACUAGUGAUCGGCCGUCCGGCGACGCCUCCGUCGACUAUUUUCAUAAAAUGGAUAAACAAAUGGCUCGAUGAAAUUAGAAUGAGCUAUUUGAUUCUUCUUCUUACUAUUGUUACUACAAUUUUUUUUCUCCUUCUCUAUUGGCUAUGUAGAAAAAUAUUCUUUCAAAAAUAAUUAAUGGCACACUUAGUGCUAAGGAGCUACACUAAUUUAUACAAGACAUUAAAAAGUUGUAUUGAACUAUUCUGGAGUUUUACUUUUAUUUUCUAGAAAAAAAAAACAUGUCGUCUGGUAGAAUAACAAAGUAGGUUAUUCAAUUACUAUCAAUAGUAAU